AUGAGUAUACAGUACGACGGAAAUAAACACGACAUAUCAAAAUGCAGUUCAAUUAAAAUUUUAUUAAUUCUGCUAUCAGUGAAUAUUUUUUGGCUAUUGAAAGUCUAUCCACCAUCAGGACAAGUGACUAAGGAAUGCAGUGUACAAGGCCACACAGUGCCAGUCUCGCGACCCGUAGUUUCACCCACAAAAUGCCCCAAGAACCCGGAAGUUGAUUUAUCUUUCGUCCACCCGCUUAUAAAAUUGGAGAAUUUGUAUAAUGAAAAUAAAACAACCUCAUUAGCAUUCGAUGACUUGGAUCUAAGUUAUGGAAGGUGGGACAAUCAACAUGCGUACAAAAUUAAAGAUUUUGCUAUUGUCGGAGAUCAAUAUACAGAGUCAUCUGAAAAUAGUCUUAUAUGUUUAGCAACUCAGAGUUCUGUAGAGCGUCUGAAUUCUCUAGCACAGGUGUCGGCUAAUUGGUACGGACCCAUAUCAGUCGCUCUAUUCUCUGCCAGUAAUGAGGAAUUUCUUAUAUUACAAUAUUUCAUUACGUACAUGAGACUUUGUUUUCCUAAUAUUAAAGCUAAUGCCACAUUUCAUAUACUAAUUCCACGGGACUACGAAAAGUUACCAAAAGUCGUGACAUUACCAUUCAUUUUAAAGGGCAAAUUUGAUUGCCGAUAUCCUGAGAAAACUUUGAAGGCCUUGCUAAAAUUGAGAACAGUUAAAACUCUACAAUGGCGACAGAGAAACACUUAUCCUCAAAAUCAUAUGCGUAAUUUGGCGCGUAAAGGAUGUCAAUCGAAGUACGUGUUCCUUACUGAUAUUGACAUAAUACCCAGCACAAAUAUUGUUGCUCAACUCAACGAUUUCUUUAAAGGCGAACGAUGUACUAAGAAUUGCGCCUAUGUAAUACCAACAUUUGAAAUAGAUGUUCGCGCUCCAUUUCCCCGAUCAAAGAAAAGCCUUCUUAGAUUAAUAAGAAAAGGCUUGGCGAGACCUUUUCACGAAAAGGUAUUCAUUUACAAUCAAUAUGCAACAAAUUUCACAAAAUGGCUAUCUACGAAUCUAAAUGAGACUGAUGUUACAAAAAUUAGCCACUCAGUAACAAACUUCGAGUUCUUAUAUGAACCAUUUUAUAUUGCAAUGGAUAAUGUUCCUGCUCAUGACGAAAGAUUUACCGGAUACGGAUUUACGCGUAACUCUCAAGUGUAUGAAAUGCAUAUCGCUGGCUUUGAAUUUUAUGUGUUAACACCGGUAUUUACUUGCCAUUGGGGACUUCAGAGAAAGCAAACGAGACCUGCUUGGAGAGAACAACAGAAUAAUAUUAAUCGCAAAAAAUUUGAUGGUUUUAAAAGUGAAAUUUUUGCACGGUAUAGAACACAAAAAUCUAGCAAAAAUAAAAUCUUAAUAAAAUAA